GCAUUCAAGGCAAUUAGAGGCUGGGAUUAAACAAACACCCAACACCAGCAUCCUCAGCAGCAAGAGUCAUUAUCCGGUUGGCUGGGGCACGGAGCUGUGGUGAGGCCAGGUUGUCCCACAGCCUACAUCUCCCUGCUCUUUGCAGACAGGUCCAGCAGGGACAGGGAAGCACAACCAGCUGUAAUGGGAGCCCUGGGAUGGCUCUUCUGGGCUGGGCUGGGCUACCUGAGCUGCUGCUGUCCCCCACAGGCACAGGCACAGUUUCCCCGUGUCUGCAUGACGGUGGAAGCCCUACGCUUGAAACGCUGCUGCCCAGCCUUGGGGACAGAGCCAGGCAAUAUCUGUGGGUCCUUGCAGGGCAGGGGACAGUGUGAGGGGGUGCAGGCAGACACUCAGCCCUGGAGUGGCCCCUACACUCUCCAAAAUGUGGAUGACCGGGAACGGUGGCCCCUCAAGUUCUUCAACCACAGCUGUCGGUGCAGAGGAAACUUUGGUGGCUACAACUGCGGUGAAUGCAAGUUUGGCUGGACUGGCCCUGAAUGCAACAGGAGGAAGCCAGCAGUUGUCAGGAAGGACAUCCACUCCCUGACAGCAGAGGAGAGAGAGCAGUUCUUUGAUGCUCUGGAUCGUGCCAAGGCAACGAUUCACCCGGACUAUGUCAUUGCAACUCAGCACUGGAGAAGUCUGCUUGGUCCAAGCGGAGAGGAGCCACAGAUUGCCAACUGCAGUAUUUACAACUACUUUGUUUGGCUUCAUUACUACUCAGUCAGAGACACGCUCUUGGGUCCUGGCCGCCCCUUCAAAGGUAUUGAUUUCUCCCACCAAGGACCUGCCUUUGUUACUUGGCACAGGUACCACUUGCUGUGGCUGGAGAGGGAGCUGCAGCGCCUGAUGGGCAACGAGUCCUUCGCUCUGCCUUACUGGAACUUUGCCACGGGCAGGAAUGAGUGUGACAUCUGCACAGACCAGCUCUUUGGAACACCACGGCCCGAUGACCCCGGCUUGAUCAACCAGAGCUCCAGGUUUUCUCGGUGGCAAGUGGUUUGUAACAGUCUGGACGACUACAACCGCCUGGUCACGCUGUGCAAUGGGACUGCUGAGGGGCCGCUGAGGCGCAGGCCGCCCCGGGGCUCCGGCGAGCUGCUGCCCACCAUGGAGGAUGUCAGGAGGUGCCUCUCCCUGCAGGAGUUCGACAGACCCCCCUUCUUCCGCAAUUCCAGCUUCAGUUUCAGGAAUGCGCUGGAGGGAUUUGAUAAACCAGAUGGAGCCCUUGACUCGCCGAUGCUGAGCCUCCAUAAUUUGGUUCACUCCUUCCUGAAUGGGACCAGUGCUCUCCCUCAUGCAGCUGCCAACGAUCCCAUCUUUGUGGUUCUUCACUCCUUUACUGAUGCCAUCUUUGAUGAGUGGAUGAGGCGUUUCAAGCCCCCUGACAACGCUUGGCCUGAGGAGAUGGCCCCCAUCGGGCACAACCGGCUGUACAACAUGGUGCCUUUCUUCCCUCCGGUGACCAACGAUGAGCUCUUCCAAACUGCAGAGCAGCUUGGCUACACCUAUGCCAUUGACCUGCCAGGUUCCCUUGAAGAAACCCAAGCAUGGGCUGUCAUGGUUGGAUCCACAAUUGGAGGAGCACUUAUAGCUCUGGCUGUGCUUGUUCUGCUGCUUGUACUUUUCCAGCACCGACGGCACAGAAGAGGUUUUGAACCACUGAUGAAUGUGAGCUUCAACCCCAAAAAGUACAUGGGAGAGGCCUAGUGCCCUCACUUCCCUUCUUGUAGGGAGCGACCUUGAUUGCCUUACUGCUAUCUUAGCUGAGACUUUAUCACACACUCCUUUGGCAGCUGACUAAAUUGUUCUCAUUCAGGUUUUUCCUGUUAUCUUGUGAACUGUAGUGUGUAGUCUCUGGGUACAUAUGAGCAAAGCCCAAUUCAGGCUAGAUUUUUCUCAUUACUAAAUGUUAUCUGGAGUGUGUGACACCUGUAAAUCCUCCUCUAUAGAUUUCGUUCAAGACAGCUGAGAAUCCAAAUAGAA